GACGCCGGUCGCCCAGUUGUCUGUCUCUCGGUGUCUCCGUCCGUGAGUGACUGGUUGGACAACCCUCUCCAGUCUCUGGUCGCAAAGUAACAGACUGUACCCUCGCUGACGCUGGAAUUAUCUAUCGCGUGUGUCGUGUGCGCUGGCUGUACGACAUUGGUGGCGGUCUCUAGUGACCAGUAGACGAUAUCCUCUUGUAACUUGGCCGGCAGAGCACGACUUACUUCUUUCAUUCACACGCCGAGGGCUGGCUGCCUGGGGUGAUCCGCUCAGGGAACUCACCUGCCUGUGUGUACAUACUAAACUGUGAAGUAGAUUCCAAUUUUACACCGAAGAAGAAAUUUUGAGUGUCAACUUUGUCGCAGAGAGAGCCAGCUUUAAGUGCCACCUCGCUGUAAAGACCUUACUUAAGCGGUUGUUGAGGGGGAGACGAGAGCCAGUUUUGAGGGAGGAAAAGGAUCAGUUUGGGCUUAACUUUGGGACGUUAACUUGAGCCAUGAGUGAAGAAAAGGCACCCCUCCCAGAGGACGACCACGAGGACGAUGCCAAGAACAUCGCUGCCAUACGGCGAGCCCUCGUCCGUAUGGAGUCCCGUAGAUCUUCAUACACGGGGUCGAGCAGUGAAGAAGAUGAAGUUUCUCCACGAGAAAAAACCCAAAAGAACUCCAAAAAUUUUACUGACUUCUGUGUUAAGAACAUAUCCCAAGCUGCUUUUGGACGACGGGAGAUUGAGAUUGCUGAACAAGAGAUGCCUGGCAUUGUGGCGCUCCGAAAGCGUGCUACUGAUGACAAGCCUCUCAAAGGUGCCAAGAUAGUUGGCUGUACGCACAUCAAUGCUCAGACUGCAGUAUUAAUUGAAACAUUGGUGGAGUUGGGAGCCAGUGUGCGGUGGUCAGCUUGCAAUAUAUUUUCUACACAAAAUGAAGUUGCUGCCGCUUUAGCCGAGGCUGAUCACCCAAUCUUUGCUUGGCGAGGAGAAAGUGAGGAAGACUUCUGGUGGUGCAUUGACAAGUGCAUCAACACUGAGAACUGGCAACCAAACAUGAUCUUGGACGACGGAGGCGAUGCCACCCAUCUCAUGCUUAAGAAAUAUCCAGCAAUGUUCAAGAUGAUCAAAGGUAUCUGUGAAGAGAGUGUUACAGGGGUACACAGACUGUACCAGCUGAGUAAGGCAGGAAAACUGACUGUUCCCGCUAUGAAUGUCAACGAUUCUGUAACCAAAACUAUGUUCGAUAAUCUUUACUCGUGCAGGGAAUCAAUUAUUGACAGUUUGAAGCGUGCAACUGAUGUAAUGUUCGGAGGAAAGCAGGUGGCGAUCUGUGGAUAUGGAGAAGUUGGAAAGGGUUGCUGCCAGGCUCUCAAAGGUCUAGGUUGCACUGUCUAUGUGACUGAAAUUGACCCUGUAUGUGCACUGCAGGCAUGUAUGGAUGGUUUCCGGGUGAUGAAGCUGUCGGAAGUGAUCCGGCAAGUUGAUAUCCUGGUGACAGCAACAGGUAACAAGAAUGUGGUGACACGAGACCACAUGGACAAGAUGAAGAAUGGAGCCAUUGUCUGUAACAUGGGUCAUUCUAACACUGAAAUAGAUGUUAAUUCCCUUCGCACUCCUGACUUGACUUGGGAGAAAGUUCGUUCUCAGGUGGACCAUGUCUUGUGGCCUGAUGGCAAGAGGAUCAUUUUGUUGGCUGAAGGUCGUCUUGUCAACCUCUCCUGUUCAUCUGUUCCAUCAUUUGUUGUUUCCAUCACUUCAUGCACUCAGGCUUUGGCUCUUAUUGAGCUAUUUAAUGCGCCUGCUGGCCGCUACAAGUCUGAUGUUUAUCUUCUUCCAAAGAAAAUGGAUGAGUACGUGGCCAGUCUCCACUUGCCUACGUUUGACGCUCAUCUCACGGAACUCUCUGAUGAGCAAGCUAAAUAUAUGGGCUUGAACAAGGCUGGACCAUUCAAGCCCAAUUACUACAGGUAUUAAGUUGUAUCUGAUGAAUAAAUGCAAUAGAUGAUAAUUCCAUAGGACUGUAUGCCAUUGGUGACGUAGAAGUUGUAGAAGUAACAGUUUGCAUGCCAAUGGUGAAAGAUACAGGGAUAACAAUACUUCACCUCUGAAGAAAAUAAAUGUUAUUGUCAGGGAUUUUGGGAUCUAGAAGCAUUUCUCGUGUAUAUUUUUUUCUUGUUAAAACAUUCAAGGGUUGACUUGAGUACCGGCUCUCAUUGUAUUUAAUAUUUCAUAUUUUGGUAGCUACAUAAUGUUAAUUGUCAUCUACAUACACACACACACAUAUAUAUAUAUAUAUAAUGUUAAUUUAUAUUUGCUUUGAGAAUAUGACAGCCAAAAGUGUUUUUGUGUAACAUAGUAACA